AUGGCAUUCGACGACUACAAGUGCUGCUGCAAUACGCAUGUUCAUGUGAGUUUGGUGGCGGUUUUGGGGAGCAUCUCAGUUUGUCGGGGAAAUAAUGAGCACUCUGUCGCAUGGAAAAUCGAAUCGUUGCCGAGAAAAUGAAUUGUGGCGGGGGAAAAAUCGGUUUUCACUUCAGCCAUACGAGCGGCGCAGCAAAAUUGUGCUCAAUAUUUUCCCGACAGACUGAUAAGUGAUAACAAAAAGUUGAAAAAUAAAGUUGAUGAGAGUGAAAAAAACAGGCUAGGCGAAGAAAUUUAAUAACGGCGAGUUUAUGGGUGCGCCGUUGCAGAGAGAAUCAAAUUUUCCCUGCAGAAACAAAAAAGUCAUGAGCAAACACGGUUUCCCGUUUGGCCGACUCUCCUCAUUUCACGUGCUCUCUCGAAAAAAGGCCGCUGAAUAUAUGGGCAGCAGCUGGAAAGAGUGACUUAAAUCUCUCAUGGAUUAGAAUACAUAUAUGUAUGUAAAGAAAUCUGUUUGUCGGGAAAAUAAUGUGGAUUUGUCGCGCCUUAAAAUCGACCGUGUUCACAACGGCUAGGCACGUCUGAAAAUUCGGUGUGCGACUGCGACGAGGAAAGAAAUUUUGCUGCGACAGAUCCACUUUAUUUUCCCGACAGACUGUAUGAAUUAUUUAUUUUUUCCCCCAACUUCAUCGUCCCUUACAUGGAAAAUAAGACUGAUCUCAUUUUCCACGCAGUUUUCUAUUUUCUUCCAAAUUUUAGAGCGCCAUCCUUGCCAUCGCCAUAAUUGGCUGGCUUUCCGGCGGUGGAGCGCUUAUUGUCAUCAUCAUUAGUCUUCAAUGGAUCUUCUUGCCGGUUCCACUGCACUUGAGACAAAAGUUAUUUUUCAAUUUCCAUCCCAUUUUUUCUUUAUUUUCUAACGGCUCCAUGCCAUCACAUACUAUAAAAUAUUCCUAAGCUGCCUGAAAGAACAGCCCAGAUAACGGUUGUUUCAUCCUCUUCAAUGAUUGCUCCCAAUCGGAAAGUUCGCUAUCACAUUCAGCAGUUUAUUAUAAAGGCCGAAUGCGCAGUGCGAAAAGGUUGCGACAAGAAGUCUACGUACUUUUGAAAAAAGCGAAAAAUAUCUACGCACUUUACGACAUCACAUUUGAUUUUUGGAGAGUACAUUAUCAGUCUGUCGGGAAAAUAAUGAGCAUAAUGUCGCUGCCCCAAUCACAUCGCUGAAGUGAAAAGCAAUUCAUUUUCUCGGCGGUGAAUUUGAUGCGACAGAGUGCUCAUUAUUUUCCCGACAGACUGAUAGUAAGCUUCCGAGACUAUUCUUUACCUCCUGUAUCAUCUUUCAGGUCCUCCUCAUAGCCGCGAACAUUUGGUGGUGCGUGGAGCUGUUCACUUUAGGCAAUCAGGUGAUGAAUGGCAAAUACUACACAUUUUUUGGCGAAACCUACAAGUACGACAAAGGCUGGGGCAUCUAUUUUAUUGUCCUCGGCUGUAUUGGGGUCCUCUACAUUCUGCUCAACAUCUACUUCACUUACAUCGCGUUCAAGGCCUACCGUUACAUGGUGAAUGUCCUCAACACUCACGCCCAUCACAUCGAUGCGGUGAUGGUGUCUACGCAUCAGACCGCAUAUCCGCCGGCUUCGGUGAAUCCCGGCUUUGCCCCAUAUCCCCAAACGGCUCCGGUUGAGUCGUUCAGCCCGUCGUAUCCGCAGCCAUAUCCUCCGGGUCAAGCCUAUCCGGCGCACACCUACCCCGACCCGAACUUGCCAGCCGGAGUUCCGGGCCGCGGAUUCCAGGUUCCUUCGUCGGUUUAUCCGGAUAUAAAGUCAGAUAAUGCCAACGAACAUAUGUAA